CGCCUCAGCGCCUCUCCCUCCCCGGCGUCGCCCGCCCACUCGGGCGUUUGAUUGACAAAUUCCCCCCCACGCCCCUUCACUUAGCGGAGCCCCGCCCUCUCCACCGGCUCCCUAUCACAGGCUGUUUUGGCAACGCGGUUACGCGUGGAGCGUCCCGUCCCCACCUCCAGUCUCCUUUACGCACCGAUUAUGCGCGCAGGUACAGAGAGUCGAACCGCUCCGCGUCCGGCCGCUGCACUGCGCUUUUAACGGGACCAACAUGACGCGAGUGGACGUGGAGGUCUGACAGGCGCGUCUCUUUGUGGAUCGUUCUGCCGCUUCCUCCCCGGCUUGUUUUGGGUUUGUUUUUUUCUUCCUCUCCCUCCCUUCCUCCGUCCUUCUCUCUCUCUCUCUGCCGGAGCGCCAGCAUGGACGUCUUGGCGAACCACGGCAUCUUUCAGGAACUCCAGCUCGUCCACGACACGGGCUACUUCUCGGCCAUGCCGUCGCUGGAGGAGAACUGGCAGCAGACCUGCCUGGAGUUGGAGCGUUACCUGCAGACGGAGCCCAAGCGUCUGUCAGAGCUCUUCGACCAGGACCUGGACGGCCUCCUGACUCCGGCCUACUUGAAGGAGGACGGCGAAGAAGACCUGUCUGAGGCUCUGCUCCCAGGCCUCCCGGAGCCUCCAAGCCCACCUCUAGCCACCCUGUGUCCAAUGAGGCAGAACUUAACCUCAACGAAAGACCUCAAACCCAAAGGGCAAGGGCCAGAAACUUCAGACGGAACGGAAGGGGUCCACCAGGCCCAGCUGAGCGCCGUCACCUCCCUAACUCCCCCGUCUUCUCCGGAGCUGGGCCGGCACCUGGUCAAACCCAGCCAGACGCUGACAGCCUCCGCAGACGGGACGCUCACCUUGAAGCUCGUGGCCAGGAAGGUGGGGCUGAGCGCCGCCCGGCUAGUGUCGGGACACGCACUUCCAGUCCAGGUGAAAGAGGAAGAGGAAGGAGCGGCGUGCCUGAUCGGGGGAGAGCUACCAGAGAACAAGAAGAGGAUCCACCGCUGCCAGUUCAACGGCUGCAGGAAGGUGUACACCAAGAGCUCCCACCUGAAGGCCCACCAGAGGACGCAUACAGGUGAGAAGCCGUACAAGUGCUCAUGGGAGGGCUGCGAGUGGCGAUUCGCCAGGAGCGACGAGCUGACGAGGCACUACCGCAAACACACGGGUGCCAAGCCUUUUAAGUGCAACCACUGUGACAGGUGCUUCUCGCGGUCGGAUCACCUGGCGCUGCACAUGAAGAGGCACAUCUGAGGAGUCGGCGAGAAGGUCAACGGCAGCGAAAGGAGGAGAUGGACCGUCGGCGGCUGAAAACUUAACAAGAGGACGGCGGAGAGGAUGGGUUCGGAAGGACCAGAGAGGGUGCCUGAUCAUAUGCAGAACUGAGAUCAACUAAUAGAGAAUGGCAACACUCUAUCUAUGACUCUCCAAGGGUUUGGUGGAGGAAGUCAUGGCAGCUCCUUGUUUUCGUCAUGCGAUGAGCGAUCAGGCCGCGUCGCUCAGCGAUUGUACAGUCACACGUUUUCAACAUUCCUACUCUUUCAGAAGUUCCACAUAUUCAAAAAAAAAGGGUUUUCAGCUUUCAUCUCGUCAAACCUGCCACAGCCGUUAGAAUCAUCCUUUGAGUUUUGGGAAAACGCCACGUGGAUCUUUCUGCUCUUCUGGCAAUGGAGUCCUCAGAGACGUGUUGCUCCGAUGCGUGGUCGUUCUGUUGCACUGACUCACCCUCCCACCCCCCGUGAACCACCAACCCCAGAUCAACUUCUGCUGAGACAGACAUAUCGAAACUGACCGUCUGGUAAGAUGUAAGGCAGCUUUCUGAGAGUGCGUUUCCUUCUUGAGACCUUAUCAGUUGACAAAAACGGUUGCACAAUUGACUCUUUCCAACUUUUUGUAAUAAAAAAGAAAAGAAAGAAAAAAAACACAAAAACGUUCCAAUGUCCAAAUGAAACGCUGGCUUUCAUGUGCCACCCGAGCACAAGUUUAAGCAGCUAGCCCCCUGCGAUAGCACACCGAACACAAAACGACAUCACUAUGUAUUUAAAGGUUCUAUUGUUUCUAAACGGUUUUGAGAAAGGCCGUUUUAAAUAGACACCUCGCGAGAGACGGAACCCGCAGGAAACGGAUGCGGCGAGGAGGAGAAAAGAAAGAUGGAUGCCCGAAAUGAUCUCUUUGGGAUUCGAGAGUGAUUGGCACCAACCAAGCCGCUGGUCUGAGACGGUCCAGCUCACAUUCCUGCAGAACUCUUCCAAUUAAGCAUCUCUCUGACUUGACAUCAAAGAAAAAAAAUGUAUUGGACAUCUCUCUAAAUUUGGCUCUGUACAUCCAAGACGAUUUCUGCUGACUCCCUGACCAGCAUAUAUGUCGGAAUGCUGAAAUUUCCCCCCACAGGACUCACCCUUAGGAAGGCACAUUCAAUCAAUCAAUCGGGUCCUGUCAGAGAAAAUCAAUGUGAAUGUAUCUGUUGCAAUUCUGGCCAUUUUUGCAAGAUCCAUUAAAACACUGGAGGAUGGUGGGGGAGACCAUACCAGACACUGUUUCUGUUCUUUUUCGCGUUAGGGGAAAAAUGACCGGACUUGGAGAAACUGGCUGGUCACAGCUGGUAGCUUUUGACAUUUCGCCGGCUCUCGUGGACCAGCAUGAGUGCAGGUUUCCAGUGGGUGGCUAAAAUGGGUUAGGGGAGGGUGCGUCUGCUCAGUCAGCAAUGGUAACUGCCCCAUCAGCUUCUGUAACGGCGGCAGAGCGAAAAACCCACACACACGACGAGUCAAACAUCCGCACCAGAAAAACUGCAAUUAGCGUUUAUAUUGCGUGACAUGGCCUUUGUCGUGUCGAGGAGAAGCAACUAAAAUCAGAUUCUUAGAUGUCUUAAAUUCACAGAUGGAUUUGAGAUGGAUGUAAGAUUACACACAAGCUUGGUUUUAAUUUUUCUGGUUUAUUGCCUUGAAGGAAAAGUCUUCAGAGUAAAUGGUCUGCGUCAGAGUUCCAGCUCUAAAUCUGGGAUCUAGCUGAAAUAAGUCACGCAAUCCUGAAACAGAAAACCAAACUUCAGAGUUUUUGAAGGCACAAAGGAGACUGAAAACCUUGAAGCACAAAUUUUCCAGCCAGCACCAGCGGUCUUAAAGAAAGGCCAAAAACCUUUGGGUGUGCAGAUGACGGGACGAUUGCUUGAGCCGUCUUAGGAAAGUUUCAUCGUCUCGUAUUGUGAAACCAUUCUGAUUAGUUUAAAAAGAUAACACCGUUUAAGGUGUCCAAUGUACGGACAGGAGUCAAGGACGGUAGGCUGAGCAGAGUUGAUAAGUGUUUGUGAAGUGGGGAACGGUAGCAGCAGCAGAACAAAACUUACUCGUUCUUGUGGUUGUAGCAAAUUAUAUCGAGUGCGGUGGCCAUCUUUGCAACAACACUCACAAAUCCACUGCACAGAUUACCACACAAAACACUUUUUUUUGCUAGUUGCAGUGUCAAAUUUGAGUCCAAACGUUAGCAACCUUAGCAAAAAGUGCAGCCGAUUCGUGAAAGAGCCGACAGCAUUGCUAGUCAUGUUGACUAGCAAUGACAGCAUUGCCCCUCUACCCCAAACGAAGGGCUUAUCCCUUCAUUUGGGGUAAACCCCCAUUCAAGCUAGUUGAAGGGUUGUCAAAAAAUGUCCUGUUUAUUUGGCUAACAUGACCAAUAAUUCAUAUUCAUAGUUUCAAAAACUAUAAAAGUGACACAUUUUACUCUGGAGAUUAUAUUUAUUUAUUUAUCCAUGUAUUUUUUGUUAUUUAUUUGUUGUUGUCAUACAACUCUUCCGAUAAUGCGAAGAACGCAAACAUUUCAACUUUCAAGCAGAUUUGCUGUAGUGUAAUUUUUUGACUGUACAUGAAAGAGGAAGCAAAGAAUGGCAGUUUCACCAUUUCUAUGGUGACUGCUGACCACUGAUGGCAGCUCUAUGUGUGUGUUUCAGUAUUUAAGUUGGAUAUGUUUCUACUGAAUGACUCUGUGUGAUUUUAAAUAAGCUGGAGACUGUUCCACAUCGAUUGAAACGGUGGAUUUAAACAAGAACAUUUGGGGGUGGGGUUGGGUGGGGGGAUUUUAUGUUUGUUUGCUUGACUUUCUUUGAAUUUUUUUGAACAAGAAGCUGAUCUGAAAUGUCAGCCCGCCUCCUUUUGGGCGGCUGACGAAAGCAAAAUUGUUCUCCAGGAGUCGUGGGAAACCGAGAUCUCAAAAUGUGAAUGUGUUUUCUGGGGUGGGGUUGGGUGGGGUCUUCAUGUCGUCUCUGAGGAUGUUUACGUUCCGUGUCAUCUCAAUGAUUGAUUCAGUUCUGUUGUGCCUGUGUGUUCUUUAUCUGUGUUUUUGCACUCUGACUUUUUUAUUAUUAUUAUUAUUAUUAUUUCAAGAGAAAAAAAAAAUCACUUGCAUAUCUGAUGUUUUUGUUUACCUGUCUACAGUCGUAACCACCAUGCUCUAACCAUGAUCACAAAGUCUGUACAGGAGGGUUUUUUUUUUCUUUUUUUGGCACAACAUCCACACACUGUAACACUUUUCACCGACACCUGUAGACGCACACUCUGCUCGUUCCUCGCACUUUUCGCCGAUUUCAGAAAGAAAGAAAAUAAUCUUUUAUUCGAGACUGCAGCUCGAGCUUUUUCUGCAGAAUGUGCGGGGGUUACGUACAUCACUUUGUGUGACGCCGCCUCCAUUUCCACCAGGUCUGAAUUUGAAAUCAAACGCACCUCCCCUUUUUCUACCAGCACACUCUCUAUUUCCCUCCAUCCCCACCCCGACACUUUUCCCUUUCCCCCUCUCCGUCGUCCUUCUGUUUGUGUUCCUCUGUACAAAGUGUUUCAAAUUUAUCAUUUGUAUAUUCUGAUGUAUGGGUACGAUAAUGUUCUUUAUUAUGGAAAAAUGAGAAAGAUUUAUUUUUGUUACCGGUUUGUUUCAUAAUUCCUUUUUUAAAUUGGUAUUGUAAUUUCUCUAUGCAAGGAAACUGUUCAGUGAAUCGUUUUUAUUUAAGAAUGUAAUUAUGUGUAAUAAAUGGUAGAAGCA